ACAGCAUCAGCCAACAAGAAGGCUCGUAUUAGAGAAAGGGGAACCGUUGCUCGUUGGUAAACUUGCCUCUCCUCCUCAUCGCUGACCACCAUAAGGAGAAUGCAAGGAGCAUUCCUUAUGCACCGCCAUGGUGCUGCGCGCAUGGCAUCGGCCUUGCCUGGCAAGCGCCUCGAUGAUGCUUGGACAAUGAGGCGCAGCUUCAAGUCGCAGACCGCUGCGACUCGCGGCGAUUGGCGUGCACAGAUCGAGGGCGGCAGCGGCACCGGAGGCAGCGACAGCAGCGGCUUGGGCGACAAGAUGGCGGCGGCGCGCGGAGCAGAGCGCAGCAACGGCAAGGUGAGCACAGCAACGUUGCCGUCACCGGCGGAAUCCAAGCCAACGUCAACGGCCCCCGCGGGGCCCUCGGCGGCGACACCACCGCCGCCGCCGCAGCCGCCAUCACCUUGGUCGCAGCCGGCGGCGGCGACAGCGAAGCCAGCGUCAUCGGCAAAGCCAGCGGAUGCGGCGCAGCCUUCGCCGCAGCCACAGGCACCGACGGCGGCGACAGAGCCAGCGGCUGCAUCGGACUCCCGCGAGGGGCCCCUUUCCCUGCCCACCCUGGACCUGGUUGAGUUGCUGGCGACACCCAAGAACCAGUCCACCGCCUUCACUGCGCUAGCUGCCACUAGCGCCAUCCUUGCCGUACUGAGCAUUGUGGAGCCGGAGGCCGUGCUGCACCUCGCUCUACCCAAGGCCAUCCCCUCGGAUUUGGAUAUCACUUUUCUAAGGAUUGUCGGGGUCACGCUAGCUGCCAGCGCGGCGGUGGAGUACAGCCUCAAGCACGCUGCGGAGUCCCAGCUGCUCAAGUCCGCCACCUACCAGCGCCUGAUGUCCGCUUGCGUGCUCAAGUCCGCGGGCUUCCUGGCAGUGCUGCUGAUCAACACACCCGCCACCUUCAGGCUGUGGAACCCCCUGGUGUGGAUGUCGUACGCGUGUACGGCGGUGGCAGCCGGAACCAUCAACUUGUCAGUGAUCUCUCACACCUCGGGCAAGGGUCUGGCGCCGCCCCCCCUGGACCUAGGGGCUCCCCAGAACUCCACCUCCUGGGGCUACACCGUCUGCAUCGCCCUCUACCUGCUCACCGUGGUGGCGUGUUUCGCACCCGAGGUAGAGGGGACGCUCUUCACGGGAGAUCCGUACAGCGCCAUCACCCCCCUGGUGAAGGGUGUUUGGGCGCCUGGAUUCCUCCUGGCUGGCGUAAUGUCGUACGUUCUCAAGGACGCUGCUGACCGCGGGCGCCUGGGCGCAUCCACCUUCAAGAACCUCAACCUCGGAUUGGCGGCUCUGGAGUACGGCUACUCAAUCAUAUUUGGCAGCGCGAUCCUCUCUGACCAGGUAGACAUCGACUUCCCCGCGCUAUCCAACCUGGGCGGGGCGUUGCUGAUCGCGACGUUCGCGCUCUACACCUACGCCACCGCCAAGAAGUGA